CUUCUCAUAAAUCUUCGUCUGCAGCCAGCGAGCUAACAAUGCUAAUGCUAAUGCUAACUCCAUGAGUGAAAACAACAGAUUCAAUAUGAGAACUCAUCAAAUAUGAGAGCUAAUUUAAUAUGAGAACUCAUUAAAUAUGAACUCUGUAAAAGAGUCUUAAAUAUUCUCUGGAAACUACACAUGCUAACAGACUGAAGCUAAAGCUAACAGACUGAAGCUAAAGCUAUCAGCUAGUCAGCCUGACAUGCUAACAGUGUGGUUCCAGUGUGGCACUGAUCUGAACUAUGAUUGGUUGUUACAUGAGGACGUCAUCCUGACCAGAAACUUUUCUUCUGUCAUCCUUUAAGAGCAAAAUGUCGGACAGCAGAAAAAAAGAAGAAGAAGAAGGGAAGGAGGAAGAGGAACCCCUCCCCACUCCUGCUCCCUCCACUGUUGCCGUGGAGACCAUGAUGUCACUGAGGAGGCAGGACCUGGUGUGCAUUGUGUGCUUUGGCAGCUACGACCUGGCGACGCGAUUGCCACGGCGACUGCACUGUGGUCACGCCUUCUGCCAGGCGUGUCUGAAGAGACUGGACACGGUCAUCAACGAACAGGUGACUGAUGACAUCAUCAACACUUCAGAAGGAGAGGUGUGGAUCCCGUGUCCCCAGUGUAGACAGAGCACCCCCCGGCCCAGAGGAGGAGCAGCAGGUCUGGACCUGGACCUGGCCUCCUUCCUGGGGGUGAAAGCCCAGCAGACCUGUACCUCCUCCUGCUCCUCGUCCUCCUGGAGCUCCAGCCGCAGGGAGGGGGCCGGCGGCGGCGGCGCAGCCCAGGACGGGAAGCUGUGGCUGGGAAAGGAGGUUGCUGACGACGGAUGGUCUCACGGAGGUCUGGCUGAACCGCGCUUCCAUCGUUAUGGAAACUGCUGCACGCCACCAUCCUAUUGGCUAUGCUGCUGGUUCUGCUGUCCGGGGCGGGGCUAACACUAACCAAUGAGUGUGCUGACUUUAGUUAUUCUCUCAUGUUGGUAAAUUUAUUCUGACUGAUGACAAAACUUUACAA